CGCCAGUUGUCUGAGAGCCGCCGCUGAGGGCGGUCGUGUCGCGAGAGCCCCGUGCCGCUUCCGACGCCGCGACUGGAAACUUUUCACGGAUUUUCGGGAAAUCAUUAAAGCGCUUGAAGGUGGACUGCCCCCUAAUCACUUCUUCGCGUGUGUCGAAUGCAACUCGAAUGAGCGUUUACCGUGUGUUUUUGUUUCUUUUUCUAUCCGUAUGUGUACCCUUAUAAGUAUUUCGUUUAUUAAAAUGUGCUUACGUGAUUCAGAUUAUACUUGGAAGUUUCAACUUAAAAGCUUAUUCACUAGAAUUUGUAUCAAAUAGGUAUCCAGUUAAUCUUUGGAAUAUUUUUAUAAACGGCUCAACGUGGGCUUUGCCUUGAAUUUAUUUAUAAACGAAAAUGAGGGACUUAAAAAGUUUACCAACGCAAAGUUACACUACUUCGUAAUCUUUUCAGAUUGAGGACUUUUCGAUAUGAUUUUGUUAUUUAAACUGAGUUUGCUGAAGAGUGGGCAGGUGCUUCUGGCCCUGCUCGUGCUGGACUGGUUGUCGACGGGAGCUACAGACGCUACUACUCCGGAGCCGGGGUUCUCGGCGCCCAUCACCAACGUGACGGCGCCGCUCGGCCGCGAGGCCAUCCUCGCCUGCACCGUGCACAACCUCUCCACGUAUAAGGUGGCGUGGCUCCGCGUAGACACACAGACCAUCCUGACCAUCCACACGCACGUGAUCUCUCGCUCGCGCCGCGUGGGGGUCACCCACAGCGACCACCGCACCUGGUUCCUGCACAUCCGGGAGCUGAGGGAGACCGACAGGGGCUGGUACAUGUGCCAGAUUAAUACGGACCCGAUGAAGAGCCAGUUGGGGUACCUGGAUGUUGUUGUGCCGCCAGACAUCCUGGACCGCGGCACCAGUGCAGACCAGACGGCGCGCGAGGGCGACCCCGUGAGCCUGACGUGCGCCGCCACCGGCUCCCCGCGCCCCGCCAUCACCUGGCGCCGGGAGCACGCCAAGCCCAUCACUAUCAAUGACGGCAUCCAAGUGUCGUCUCUGGAGGGGCCGAUGCUGAACAUCAGCCGCGCGGGGCGGCAGCACGCCGGAGCGUACCUCUGCAUCGCAUCCAACGGCGUCCCGCCCACCGUCAGCAAGCGGGUCAUGCUCACUGUCGAAUUCCCACCGGUGAUCAGCAUCCGCAACCAGCUGGUGGGCGCGGCGCUGGGCUCGGACCUGGUGCUGGAGUGCGAGACCGAGGCCUACCCCAAGCCCGUCAGCUACUGGACCCGGGAGAACGGGGAGAUACUGCCUGUGGGAGGUGAGCUAGAGCCCGUGAAGCAGGACGGCGCGUACCGCUCGGUGCUGCGCCUGCCGCUCCGCCGCGUGUCGCGCCUCGACUACGGCUCCUACAAGUGCAUCUCCAAGAACUCGCUCGGGGACACCGAGGGCACUAUCAAGUUGUACCCCAUGCCACCAGCUGCAAUGGAAAAUAAAAAUACUGUCCAAAGGCUGAACAUAGUUGCCGACAAGCCAGCGGAAAGCACAGCGUUUGGAACCCAAGAUUUCAGAUUACAAGACUACAGCGGAGCACAUCAAGAGAAGUUUCACUUAAGUGUUUCCGUACUCCUACUAGUUAUAUCUAAAAUUAUAAUAUCCUGAUGCUACUAGUUAUAGUCUUAGCCAGUAAUAACUUAGACCUUAAGUAAAUUAUGAAUCAUUCCUAUUUUUCUGGUACCUAGCUGUAGGAAGUUGUUAUAAAUGAAACCAUAGUGGAGCCUAUUGAGCUUGCUUUUCAUAGACCUUCAAUAUUGUAGCUAUAUUUCCUUCAUUCCAUGAUUUGAAAAUGAAAAGUGUUUUGAUAAAG